ACGUCGGAAGGCAUUUCCUGUUGGGGCGGGGCCCAGUGAGCGAUAGCGGACCACUGCGGACCUGUCGCUGCAUCUGAUUUUAAGAAGAAAAAAAAGACAGAAAGCAAAUUCUAUUAUUUUUAAAACACUGCGGCGUUUCGUGAAUAGUCCCGUUGCUAUUAACAAUAUUGUUCCCUUAUUCAAUUUGUCAGUUUUCAAUGGAGAAAAAUAAGAUGGAAUGAUCUGUAAGAAGAAGAAUCUGCCGUGACUUCAGCAGGAGAAAGUGUCUCCCGUUGCCAACGGGGCAAUUGUUGCUGUCUCAGCUUUACAGAUAAUUUCAGGGUUUCAAAUUAAAGGAUAACUUUACGUAUGCAGCCUCUGAACAACGCCACGCAUUGAAGAUGGAACUGAAAAUACUUCUGCUAUCCACGUUGUUGGGAUUUAUUUGCGACAGCGGUGCUCAGCAAGAGGGCAACGAGUGCAUCAAGGCCAACGCCAGGUACUGCGGGGAGUGUAUCCAGGCCGGAGCCAGAUGUGGAUGGUGUACAGACCCAGACUUUCUGAAACAGGGUGAGGCCACGUCGACGCGGUGCGAUGAGAUUGAAUCUCUGAAGAAGAGGGGCUGCGCCGCCGCCAAGAUCGAAGACCCCCGCGGCAAGCAGAAUAUCCAACUAAACAAGGCCGUGACCAGCCGCAAGGGGGGAGUGAAGCUGAAGCCGGAAGAAAUCACCCAGAUCCAGCCCCAGAAGCUCAGCCUCGUUCUCAGAUCUGGUGAGCCACAGACUUUCAACGUGAAGUUCAAACGGGCUGAGGAUUACCCCAUCGACCUGUACUACCUCAUGGACCUGUCCUACUCCAUGAAGGACGACCUUGAGAACGUGAAGAACCUGGGGACCAGCCUGAUGCUGGAGAUGUCAAAGAUCACCUCCGACUUCAGAAUAGGCUUCGGCUCGUUUGUGGAGAAGACAGUGAUGCCGUACAUCAGCACCACCCCGGCCAAGCUACUGAACCCGUGCACCGGGGACCAGAACUGUACUAGCCCCUUCAGCUACAAGCACGUGCUCAACCUCACAGAGGACGGCAAGCAGUUCAACACCUUGGUGGGCAGGCAGCAGAUCUCAGGGAACCUGGACUCCCCUGAGGGAGGCUUCGAUGCCAUCAUGCAAGUGGCCGUCUGUGGGCCCAACAUCGGUUGGAGGAACGUUACUCGUCUGCUGGUCUUCUCCACGGACGCUGGCUUCCACUUCGCUGGCGACGGCAAGCUAGGUGGCAUCGUCCUUCCCAACGACGGGAAAUGCCACCUGGAGAACAACAUGUACACCAUGAGCCACUACUACGACUACCCCUCGAUCGCCCACCUUGUUCAGAAGCUGAGUGAUAACAACAUACAGACUAUCUUUGCUGUCACUGAAGAGUUCCAGCCUGUGUAUAAGGAGCUGAAGAACCUCAUUCCAAAGUCUGCAGUGGGAACGCUGUCUGCUAACUCCAGCAACGUCAUCAACCUGAUUAUCGAUGCGUACAACUCUCUCUCCUCUGAGGUGAUUCUGGAGAACAGCAAGCUUCCGGAAGGCGUGAGCCUGGCGUACCGAGCCCACUGCAAGAACGGCGUGGUCAACGACGGCGAGAACGGACGGAAAUGCUCCAACAUCUCCAUUGGCGACGAGGUAUCGUUCAACAUCAGCGUGACGUCGAAGGGCUGUCCCAACCAGGCUGACCCAAGCAAGUCUGAGGUGAUCAAGAUCAAGCCGCUGGGCUUCACCGAGGAGCUGGAGAUCACUCUGAGCUUCAUCUGCGAGUGCGACUGCCACAAAGACCGCAUCCCCAAGAGCAAGCUCUGCCACAACGGCAACGGCACCUACGAGUGUGGCGCCUGCAAGUGUAACGAGGGGCGGAUCGGCAGACAGUGUGAGUGUAGCACCAACGAGGUGUCCAGCGAGGACAUGGACAAGAACUGCCGCAAGGACAACGGCACGGACAUCUGCAGCAACAACGGAGACUGCGUGUGUGGAACCUGUGAGUGCAAGAAGAGGGAGAACCCUGAGGAACGCUACAGCGGAAAGUUCUGCGAGUGUGACAACUUCAACUGUGACCGCUCCAACAACAAGCUGUGUGGAGGCCAUGGGCGCUGUGAGUGCAGGAUGUGUAUCUGCGAUGCCAACUGGACAGGCAGCGCCUGCGACUGCUCCCUGGACAACUCCACCUGCCUGGCCUCCAACAAGCAGAUCUGUAACGGCCGGGGGACCUGCGAGUGUGGCACCUGCAAAUGUACAGACCCCAAGUUCCAGGGCCCCACCUGCGAGAUCUGCCCCACCUGCCCCGGAGUGUGUGCGGAACACAAAGAGUGUGUCCAGUGUAGGGCCUUUGGAACUGGAGAGAAGAAGGACAACUGUGAGAGAGACUGCAGCUACUUCAACCUGAUCAAGGUGAAGGACCGCGACAUGCUGCCCCAGCCAGGUCAGGCCUUCCCCCUCAUGCACUGCAAGGAGAGGGACGCCAACGACUGCUGGUUCUACUACACCUACGCCGUCAACAACAAGACUGAGAAGGAGGUGCACGUGGUGGAGACGCUGGACUGUCCCUCCGGCCCGCCAAUCAUCCCUAUCGUGGCGGGCGUGGUGGCGGGCAUCGUUCUGAUUGGCUUAGCCCUGCUGCUGAUCUGGAAGCUGCUCAUGAUCAUCCACGACAGGAGGGAGUUUGCCAAGUUUGAGAAGGAGAAGAUGAACGCCAAGUGGGACACGCAAGAGAAUCCUAUAUACAAGAGUCCUAUUAAUAAGUUCCAGAACCCCAACUAUGGGCGUAAAGCUGCAGUUCUAUAAGGUGAAAACCCCAUCUACAAGAGUGCUGUUACAACCGUGAUCAAUCCUAAAUAUGAAGGCAAAUGAGCUCCUGGAACUACACUGUUCAUUCAGUCCUCGGGCACGGUGUGAGGGUCAAAUCUGGCCUGUUGUUUUGUCGCUUUGUUGCUAUAACACAUUUAGACACUACACUUUCAUUAACUAAUGAAUUCAUUCAUAAUUUCUUUGCGUUGCGUUCUGACAUGUGUACAGUGUGUGUUGUAAUUGUAUAUACGUACUUUUAAGUGCACUUUGUUGCAGAAAUUGAAAUGUCAUUUGCCACAGGACUGGUAUAGGCAAAAUGUUGUGCUUUUUCCUCAAAUAAUGUGGACAUGAACUUUUAAAAUGACCUCCUGUUAGUGUGAGGGACCUAAUCUGAAUUUAAAACAGAUCUUCUGCAAAGUUGUACUGGAGUUUGCAAUCAUUCAUAUGGCCAACCUGAUGUAUGUGUUUAUACAUUAGACAUCCCAUACAAUACUUGGAUUAUUGUUGUAUCAAGGUUGUAUGCAAUCAUAAAGCCAGUCAAUGGUUAUUGUCUUGGUUUGCUGUUGGGUUGGGUUGCAUUGUGACCAUACAGUAGCUAAGAUUUUCAUGAGGUGAAGUUUUAUUUUACGGGGAUGGAUGAAACAUUGAGCCAGAAUUUUACAAAUUUGGGUUUGUAACUUUCAUCCAAUUUUGAUUAAUCUUUGCGUUAAACAACUGUGUUGUUUCAAGGGAUUAAAAACACAUUUGUAUUAUUUGUACAAAGUAAAAACAAAUUGUAAAAUCUAUUCUCCAAAUUAUUGAAAGUCAAAUUCAAUCUAUUUCCAAGAUGUAUUUCGAGGAUAAUAAUGAGCUUUCAUAUGAAUGUUUUAAUUCUGUCUCAGGUCGUUUCUGUGUUCAAAUAUGAGUGCCCCAAUGCCGUCUUAUCCUGUAUCUCUGUUGCCAAUUGUGAGCUUAUUGUGAGCUUAAGGAGAUGGAGAUGGCUAUAGCCCGGUGGUUAGAGCAUUUGACUGCAGACGAUGAGUUGACAGGUGCAAUUCCUUCACUAUGUUGCUAUGGAUACAAGCGUCUGCUAAAUGAACAAAAUAUUGGUAUUACGCUAUUGUAGUUCUGAAGACAUUAUCUCCAUCAUUCUAUACUGUACUGUACAUAGCCCUGCAGUUGCUGGUUUUAUAAUUGUUCAAGAACUGGGAAGGGCAUUGUCUCCUAAACACUAUGGCUCAACACCACAUUAUCAUUGUUUUCACUUCAUAAAUAUUUGUUAUCCUCUCCAAACGCUGUUUUUGAAUUUAUUUAUUAAAUAAAAUUUCAAACUUG